AGCACCCCGGACCCGGGUCAUUCAUUCCAACUCACUCUCGUCUCCUCUUCUUCUUCUUCAACCUCUCCUUUCAUGCUCUUCUUCGCAUCUCAGCAGCCAUUUUUCCCUUCCCCGGGAUCUCCUCUUCUAUUCCUUUUCUUCCAUCGCCAUAAGAGCAGCCGCAGAUCGAAUUGCAUUGCAGUCUUUGCAGAUUUCAGCUUAAUUGCCGGACAGUGAAGUGAAAGCAUCUUCAAGGGCGUGGAAGCUCUCUGAGAUUCCAAAGGGUCACAAGGCAGGGGAUGAGUACAACCAAAGUGAAGAGACGUGUGGGAAAGUAUGAGCUAGGAAGAACAAUCGGAGAGGGCACAUUCGCGAAGGUCAAGUUCGCGAGGGAUACCGAGACCGGUGAUCCAGUAGCCAUCAAGAUCCUAGACAAGGAGAAAGUUCUCAAGCAUAAGAUGGUCGAACAGAUUAAAAGGGAAAUUUCGACGAUGAAGUUGAUUAAGCACCCAAAUGUUGUCCGUAUAUAUGAGGUGAUGGGAAGCAAGACAAAUAUCUACAUUGUUUUAGAAUAUGUUACCGGUGGUGAGCUCUUUGAUACAAUUGUUAACCAUGGUCGUAUGAGGGAAGAUGAGGCAAGAAGGUACUUCCAACAAUUAAUUAAUGCUGUUGAUUAUUGUCAUAGCAGGGGUGUGUACCACAGGGACUUAAAACCAGAAAAUUUACUACUAGAUUCAUAUGGGAAUCUGAAGGUCUCUGAUUUUGGGCUGAGUGCACUAUCUCAGCAAAUUAAGGAUGAUGGUUUGCUGCACACAACCUGUGGGACACCAAAUUAUGUUGCACCGGAGGUCCUUGAAGAUCAAGGAUAUGAUGGAGCAAUGGCAGAUUUGUGGUCAUGUGGAGUUAUCCUGUUCGUUCUGCUAGCAGGGUAUUUGCCUUUUGAGGACUCUAAUCUUAUGACGUUGUAUAAGAAAAUAUCAAAUGCAGAGUUUACGUUUCCACCUUGGACGUCUUUUCCUGCCAAGAGGUUGUUAACAAGAAUCCUUGAUCCAAACCCAAUGACGAGAAUAACAAUUCCAGAAAUAUUAGAGGAUGAAUGGUUCAAAAAGGGCUACAAACGCCCAGAGUUUGACGAAAAAUAUGACACGACAUUGGAUGAUGUUGAUGCUGUCUUCAAUGACUCUGAAGAGCACCAUGUGACAGAAAAGAAAGAAGAACCAGAAGCUCUCAAUGCAUUUGAACUGAUUUCAAUGUCAGCAGGCCUCAAUCUUGGAAAUUUGUUUGACUCAGAGCAGGAAUUCAAAAGGGAAACAAGGUUCACAUCAAAAUGUCCACCAAAAGAAAUUGUCCGCAAGAUUGAGGAAGCCGCAAAACCUCUAGGAUUUGAUGUUCAGAAGAAAAAUUACAAGAUCUGCUCCCCUUGCCUAACAACUAUCUGCAUGAAUAUCCCUUUUAAAUUAAGGCUAGAAAAAGUAAAAGCAGGGAGAAAAGGAAAUCUCAAUGUUGCUACUGAGAUACUGCAGGUUGCACCCUCUCUUCAUAUGGUUGAAGUACGAAAAGCAAAAGGCGACACCCUCGAAUUUCACAAGUUCUACAAGAACCUCUCCAGAACCUUAAAGGAUGUUGUUUGGAAAUCAGAUGAUCUUCAAAAUCAACUUUCCUAGAGUAACUUGGGAGAGGAGGAAUGGGUGAACUAUUUUAGCAUCCCAUUCUUUUGAAUCAGCAUUCCCAUUUCUAGAGGCUGGAAAAGCAGAAAGCAUGUUUAUUGCAUCUGUAAUUAGAUGUGAGUGGCCCUGUAAACUAUGUUUGGUCUCCACUAGUGUUGUAAAUGCUGCUCUUAUUUGUCAGAGAACCCUUGUGAUAGCUCAAGUGAAGCUGAUCACUCAAUGGGUUUUGUGUGUCAAGUUUUGUAUGUAAAUCAGAAUCUUGUGAGGAACAAGUAUAUUAAUUGGUUAGCAUUAUUCAUUUUCAUUUA